UUAAUUUCUUCUCAUGGCCACCACGACCACGUAGAAGAAGAAGAAGAAGAUGAUGAAUAUAUUACCAGGCUAGGUGAUUGAUCCGUUGCAAGGAGAAGAAGCAGAGAUCGAUGAAGACGGGGGCGGAGAUACAGCGGGUGGCGAGCUUACGGAGAGAAGGCGGGGGAUCCAUGGCGUCCAUGUGGCUGAGCGCGGACGACGGGGCGUUCUCGCGGUCGUCGUCGUCGAGGAGGAGGGAGGAGGAGGACGACGAGGAGGCGCUGCGGUGGGCGGCGCUGCAGAGGCUGCCCACGUACGAGCGGGUGCGCACGGCCAUCCUGCCGUCGCCGACGACGGAGGGGCUCGGGGUGGUGGACGUGCAGAGGCUGGGUCGGCAGGAGCGGCGGGCGCUGCUGGAGCGGCUGGUGCGGGUGGCCGAGGACGACAACGAGCGGUUCCUGCUGAAGCUGAAGGAGCGGAUCGAGCGGGUGGGCAUCGAGAUGCCGACGGUGGAGGUGCGGUUCGAGCGGGUGAUGGCGGAGGCGGAGGUGCGCGUCGGCAACAGCGGCCUCCCCACCGUCCUCAACUCCAUCACCAACAAGCUCACCCCCAGUUGCAUCCGCAGUCGCAGCAAGCACACCAUGCGCAUCCUGCACCACGUCUCCGGCAUCAUCAGGCCCCGCAGGAUGACGCUGCUGCUGGGCCCACCCGGAUCCGGCAAGACCACCUUCCUUCUCGCCUUGGCCGGAAGGCUACAACACAACUCCACUAAUCACCUCAAGUUCUCUGGAGAAGUGACGUACAAUGGGCAUGGGAUGGAUGAGUUUGUGGCACAGAGGACAGCUGCGUACAUCGGGCAGCAUGACCUUCAUAUCGGGGAAAUGACUGUUCGCGAGACGCUCUCUUUCUCCGCACGCUGCCAGGGUGUUGGCACUCGCAUUGAUAUGCUGACCGAGCUGUCGAGGCGAGAGAAGGCGGCAAAUAUCAAGCCUGACGCUGAUGUCGACGCGUUUAUGAAGGCUUCUGCAAUGGAGGGAAAAGAUAGCAGUCUGAUUACUGACUACAUACUCAAGAUAUUAGGACUGGAGAUAUGUGCAGACACGAUGGUAGGAGAUGAUAUGGUGAGAGGUAUCUCCGGUGGACAACGGAAGCGUGUCACCACAGGUGAGAUGCUUGUGGGGCCAGCCAAUGCAUUCUUCAUGGACGAGAUAUCGACUGGGCUCGACAGCUCGACCACGUUCCAGAUCGUGAAGUCGAUCAGGCAGAGCAUCCACAUCCUGGGCGGCACAGCAGUCAUCUCCCUGUUGCAGCCAGCUCCCGAGACAUACGACCUCUUCGACGACAUCAUACUCCUCUCCGAUGGCCACAUCGUGUACCAGGGCCCCAGAGAGAGUGUGCUCGACUUCUUCGACUCCAUGGGCUUCAAGUGCCCUGACAGGAAGGGUGUUGCUGACUUCUUACAGGAAGUAACUUCUAGGAAAGAUCAGAAGCAGUACUGGAUGCACCAUGACAGGCCCUACCAGUAUGUGCCAAUCAAGGAAUUUGCCAGCGCAUUCGAGCUGUUCCACACUGGGAGAAGCAUAGCAGAGGAGCUCGCCACUCCAUUCGACAAGAAAAAGAGCCAUCCGGCUGCACUCACCACCUCCAGGUAUGGCGUCAGCACCAUGGAGCUGCUCAGGGCAAACAUCGACCGGGAACUACUGCUCAUCAAGAGGAAUUCCUUCGUCUAUAUCUUCAGAACCAUCCAGCUUAUGACGGUGUCAGCAAUGGCGAUGACUGUCUUCUUCCGUACAAAGAUGCACCGUGAUUCAGUGGCUGAUGGAGUCAUCUUCAUGGGCGCGCUCUUCUUCUCAGUGAUGAUGAUAAUGCUUAAUGGUUUAUCUGAGCUACCACUGACCAUUUUUAAGCUGCCAGUUUUCUUCAAGCAAAGAGAUCUUUUCUUCUUUCCAGCUUGGACCUACACCAUGCCCUCAUGGAUUCUUAAGAUCCCUAUGUCCUUUAUUGAGGUUGGUGGGUUUUGUUUCAUGGCUUACUAUGUUAUUGGGUUUGAUCCAAAUGUAACCAGGUUCUUCAAGCAGUAUCUGCUUUUGUUAGCUGUCAGUCAGAUGGCAGCGUCACUCUUCAGGUUUGUUGGUGGGGCAGCAAGGAACCUGAUCCUUGCAAAUGUCUUUGGAUCGUUCAUGUUGCUAAUCUUUAUGGUACUUGGUGGUUUUAUUCUAGCAAGAGACAAAGUGAAUAAAUGGUGGAUUUGGGGCUACUGGAUCUCCCCAAUGAUGUAUGCACAGAAUGCCAUCUCAGUGAAUGAGUUUCUGGGGCAUAGCUGGGACAAAGUCUUGAAUAAUUCCUUAUCCAAUGAGACCCUUGGCGUGCAAGCCCUUAGGUCCCGUGGAGUCUUCCCAGAAGCCAAGUGGUACUGGAUCGGCUUCACUGCAUUGACCGGAUUCAUCAUGCUCUUCAAUGCUUUCUUCACGCUUGCACUAACAUACCUCAAACCCUAUGGUAAGUCCCAACCAUCAGUAUCUGAAGAGGAGCUGAAGGAGAAGGAAGCAAACAUCAAUGGUAAUGUUCCAGGCCUUGAUACUACCAUGACAUCAAGUACUAAUCCAACAACAGUUGGCAACAUAGAAACUGGUUCAGAAGUUCUUGACAGUUCUCUAGCAACACAAAGGGGCAUGGUUCUCCCUUUUACCCCACUCUCACUCACUUUCAGCGACAUCAAAUACUCCGUCGACAUGCCACAGGAAAUGAAAGCGCAUGGAGUAGUAGAGGACCGGUUGGAGCUGCUCAAAGGUGUGAGUGGGUCCUUCAGGCCGGGAGUGCUGACGGCGCUUAUGGGUGUCAGUGGUGCUGGAAAGACUACUCUGAUGGAUGUGUUAGCAGGGAGAAAGACAGGUGGGUACAUUGAAGGGAACAUCACCAUAUCAGGAUACCCAAAGAAACAAGAGACUUUUGCACGUGUAUCAGGAUACUGUGAGCAGAAUGACAUCCACUCACCACAGGUGACAGUCCAUGAGUCAUUGCUUUUCUCAGCUUGGCUCAGGCUUCCCAAGGAUGUUGAUUCAAAAACAAGAAAGAUGUUCAUUGAGGAGGUGAUGGAUCUUGUGGAGCUCAAGCCUUUGAGAGAUGCUUUAGUUGGUCUUCCUGGAGUUAAUGGCCUCUCAACUGAGCAGAGGAAGAGGCUGACCAUUGCUGUAGAGCUUGUUGCUAAUCCUUCAAUCAUCUUCAUGGAUGAGCCAACUUCAGGGCUUGAUGCCAGAGCAGCUGCCAUUGUUAUGAGGACAGUGAGGAAUACUGUCAAUACUGGUAGAACUGUGGUAUGCACGAUUCAUCAGCCUAGCAUUGACAUAUUUGAAGCAUUUGAUGAGCUUUUCCUAAUGAAAAGAGGAGGGGAAGAAAUAUAUGUUGGCCCAUUGGGCCAUAAUUCUUCAGAGCUGAUCAAGUAUUUCGAGGGGAUCCAAGGAGUCAGCAAAAUUAAAGAUGGUUACAAUCCAGCAACGUGGAUGUUGGAGGUGUCAACAGUUUCUCAAGAACAGGAACUGGGUAUUGAUUUCUGUGACGUAUACAGGAAAUCUGAACUCUUCCAGAGGAACAAGGCAUUGAUAGAGGAAAUGAGCAGACCGUCGGCAGGAUCGAGUGAGCUGUAUUUCCCUACACAGUACUCACAGUCUUUCGUAAAUCAAUGCAUGGCUUGCCUGUGGAAGCAACACCUGUCAUACUGGAGGAACCCUGCUUACAACGCCGUAAGGUUAUUUUUUACCACUGUCAUCGCCCUCAUCUUCGGCACCAUCUUCUGGGACCUUGGUGGCAAAAUUGGGCAGUCACAGGACUUGUUCAAUGCCAUGGGGUCAAUGUACUCGGCGGUGCUGUUCAUCGGCGUGCUAAAUGCUCAGUCAGUUCAGCCAGUGGUAUCAGUGGAGAGGACGGUGUUUUACCGUGAAAGAGCUGCUGGCAUGUAUUCAGCUCUCCCGUAUGCAUUUGGACAGGUUGCCAUUGAAUUCCCAUACACACUGGUUCAGUCUGUGGUAUAUAGCAUCCUGGUGUACUCGAUGAUUGGGUUCGAAUGGACGGUGGCUAAAUUCUUCUGGUACCUCUUCUUCAUGUUCUUCACGCUGCUCUACUUUACGUUCUACGGCAUGAUGGCAGUGGGCCUGACGCCAAGCUACCAUGUCGCCUCGAUCAUCUCCUCGGCUUUCUAUGCCAUCUGGAACCUCUUCACCGGCUUCGUCAUCUCCAGACCGCAAACUCCAAUCUGGUGGAGAUGGUACUGCUGGAUAUGCCCUGUUGCAUGGACACUCUACGGGCUGAUUGUGUCGCAGUAUGGUGAUAUUGUGACGCCAAUGGAUGAUGGCAUACCCGUCAAACUCUUCGUGGAGAACUACUUCGACUUCAAGCACACCUGGCUGGGUUUGGUGGCCCUUGUCAUCGUCGCAUUCACCAUGUUGUUUGCCCUCCUUUUUGGCUUUGCCAUCAUGAAGCUCAACUUCCAGAAGAGAUAGUGAUACCACUGACAGGAAACACUUCAUCCUUAUUCGAUCAACUAGGAAUUAAUUAGCUCAAUUCAUUUGCAUAUAUAUACGAAUCAAAUUGUGUAUAUUGGUGUAGCACAUGAAAAAUAUUGAAAUGUUGGUUGUGAUCGAUGAUCUUGUAAUUAAA